AUGCAAUUAUCAUUCGAAUAUUUUAAUAUACCAACAAGUUUCUUGUUUCACCAACAACAAAAUAACAAAACAACUAGUCAAAAUGUAACUGCUCCACCACACCAACAACAACAACCAGAACAACAACAAAGAGAACAAUUACCCAAUAGAUGUUGUAAUAGAAAUAAUAAUAAUAAUAAUAAUAAUAAUAAUAAUAAUAAUAAUAAUAAUAAUAACAUUUUUAAUAAUAACAAUAAUAAUAAUUUUUUUUCACAUGAUCUUCAACCUUUAUCAUCAAGUUCAAUUAGAGAAAGAGUGUGUGUCUUUGAUUUGGCUGAUAUAAAUAUAUCACCAUCAAGACGAGUGUUUAAAGAGGUAUAUCAAAGUUGUAAUGCUUACACAUUAAUGCCCAAUUGCGAAUUUAAUGGCAUUGACUUUAGUGGUUUCGAUGGCUCAUAUACCUAUGAUAAUGAGGGAAAUGAAUAUACUUGGAGUGUAUGUAGACCAAACUAUGGAUGUAAUAAACUACUUGGAGGAAAGGAUAUAAAUUCUUGUCAAAAAUCAUCGUAUGGAGCAUAUUAUGAUAUUGGUGAAACUGGUCAAGGUGUGUGGUCAGCAUACAACGAUGGAAUUGCCAUGGUCAAAUACAAGACAUCUGCAUAUAUGUGUGCAAGUUCGGGUGUUACUCGACAAACCCAUAUUUACUUUACAUGUGUUCUUGGUGCUCCCACAAGGAUCGUGUCGGUGAAAGAGUCAGAUGUAUCUUGUAUCUAUGAAAUCCACAUGUCUGGUGACGCUGCAUGUCAUCCACCACGUCAUACCGAUAGUUCUGACAUUGCACCAACCAACUCUACACAUGGUGACGGCGAGGUUAUUUGCUCAUCCAAAGGAAACUCACUCAGUGUGAUUGCAAGCGAGGGACAUACGAUUGAAUGUCACUCUGAAGGACCAACCGACUGCUCUUCACCAGCUGGAACCGUCUGCAGAACCACAAGUCAAGAUGUUGAUAUCACUUGCGUCACUGCUUCUGAAAUUGAAUGUACCUCUAGAAAUAUAUUUUGUUCAUCUCUAUCGAUGCAAUGUUCUCUAGUCAAUGGUGUAUUGGUUUCAUCAAAUCAAAUAAAAGAUCUCCAAAAAUAUGAGGAAGAGAAAGCACAGAUUAAAAAAGCAGUUGGUAUUGUUCUUCUAUUGACCUUAUCCAAUGCCACUAGUAGUUUUUCCUCAGUUGUGGUUGGUGCUUGUUGUAUUCCAAUAUAUUGGCUUGCUCUAGAAUUGGGAUUCUCAAUAAAUAAGACUAUUCAUUCAUAUAUAUUAUAA